GGGGGGUGCUGAGGCAGUGGGAUUUUAAUGUGGAGGGGUUGGCGGAGGGGGUGGAGGGGAUUAUGGGACAGUUGCAGGCGAAGCAUCCGGAGUUUGUUGUGAAGAGUCUGGUGGUAUGAGGAGCGCGGAGGCUUUAUGAUGGAAGGACGGUAGCAUUAGAGUUACUGGGAGUUUGAGCGGGUGCAUUACGAGACUGGAUGACGGCGUCUGGGGGACUGAAAACAUGGCAUUUAUCCACAGGAAUCAACAUUUUCAUGAAGACUGUGGCUUCACCAAAAUAUGAGCGAAAGCAAUCAUGAAGUUUGGAAACGCGCUGUUGUAGUAUCUCCCCACUCUAUAUCUAUAUAUCACGUGAUACGAGUCCGUUGCCCGGUCAUCGUAUUUACAGUGGAGAAUAGUCCCUGUAUCAACUUGGCCAAUCACCUCCCCCGACCACCCCGUCGCGGACCUCGAAUUCCACGCGAUAAUUUUGUCCUCCCUCCCAAACCUAUAAUUCCAUUAACCCAAAUAGCGACAAACCCUUUCGGCCAUGAAGAGGAGAGCUCACACGCCGUAACCCAGCAUUGAAUCUACCAUAUAGCUCUAUACCCGCCCCAACGACGACGCGAAAGCCCGCCCGACAUGGCAACCGCGUCCCCAACACCCCUGGGCUCAAGCCACUUCGGCAAUCAGCCGAUGCGCCGACCUUCGUCGAGACAGGCCUUGCGACAAGUUCCUCUUGCGAGACCGACUUUUGUGCGGAGAGAGGCUGCUGCUGUUACGGCGAAUGGGAAUCCGGCAGCAGAACUACCAACGACUUCUAAGACGCGCCGGUAUUCAGACCAUGAUAGUUCGGAUGACGACUUGCCUGUGCCGAUGAAGUUCAGCGCCCUCACGAAUGCCUUGUUGAAUGAUGAAGCUUCGAUGCUUGGCUCUGGUUCACCAGUUGUUGCAACGAACGAAAACAAUCUAUCUGGCUCAACGGCGGUUGCGCAGAGACAUACAUAUACCGCCGAGCCCCCAGCAGCCGAUCAGAUGGCCCGGGAGCGCACCGCAUCCCCGGCGAUGGUAUCUCGCACCCACAGCCCAUAUCCCCGGCGAGUAGUCCGGUUAAGUGGCACCCCCGGCUCAGCAUCCCUUCGCCGGACGACAAGCUUGUCGAACUCUGUGAGAGCGCCGAGUGAGCAGGUGCCGUCGAGACCGGGGAGCCCGCUGGAUCUGAGUACACCGGCGCCAUAUCCAAGGACUGUACGGAUACCAAUCACGGCUUCUUCGAACCAUGGGUCGUCGUUUGGAUCUAGUGGACAAGCGUCAAAUCGUAUUGGAUCUGGAUCGGGAGCUAGAACAGCGGCUUUGAAACCGGAGGAGAUGGAGGACCCGGCUACGGUUGCGAGGCCGUAUAAUGCUACUAACCUAGGGAGUGUGACGAGAUAUGGGAAUUCAGCUGCCAACAGAACGAGAUAUGGGGAGGAGAUGGGAAUGCAAAGUUCGAUGAGAGUGAAGCGUCUCGGAAAAGCUGGGAGUUUCUUGAGCGGUCCAGCGCGAAGGGGGAAGAGGAGGCAGAGUGAGGAGGAGCAGGGUCCUGGUCAGGAUGCUGAGGGUGCUGAAUCCGCAUUCUCGAGCCAGGAACGCCAGAGCCAGGAGCCGGAGAAUCAGGCUGCGGAAAACCAUGAUGUUGGGAGCGGAGAGGCGGCAUUGAGUCAGGAGUCAGAGGCACCGAAAUCAUCGUUUUAUUCGGCUUCGCAAUAUAGAGACUUUGCGUCUGGUAGCCCUAUGAGUGGCAGGGAAGCAUUGAAACAAGCCCGUCCCUCGCCGCCGAUGGCUGCAUACAAUCGCUUAGCGGAUCCGGUUGUUGAGCAAGCCAGGCCACCCCCAUCAGAUAAUGCACCACCCGCACAGCCCGCACAACCUGUCUUUAAGCUUCCUGCGCCUAGGCCGGAGAUGCCAUCGAGCCAUGACCAGGAAAAUGAGGCACCUCCUACCUUUAAGCGCAAUAAGGCGCCGCCAUCAGUGCUUCUUGAUAAAAUCGACAAAGUCCCGCUGCGCCCACAAAGCACGGAUUUGAGUGCCAUGCGUGGAACCGUCUCUCCAGUACGCCAGCCACUAGCAGCAAGAUCCCAGAAUACCCCUCGCCGCCCUGCGCCGCCGCCGCCGAAGAUGUCGCUCUUGGAGACGGCAACUGCUACGGCGGGCGCGGCGACCACCUCGCAUUCAUCUAAGAAGAGGAAUAAUAUCAGAGUUAAUGGCAAGAGUUAUACGCGCUUGGAGAUUUUAGGUCGGGGCGGAAGUAGUAAGGUGUGGAGGGUGAUGGCGGAGAAUGGGAAGAUCUAUGCUUUAAAACGCGUCAGUCUGGAGGAUGCGGAUGAGAAUGCCGUGAGAGGCUACAAGGGCGAGAUCGAUCUAUUGAAGAAGCUGGAAGGAAAUGAUCGUGUAGUAACGAUAUUGGACUACGAGAUGAACGACGAGAAGCAGAUGCUGAGUGUGGUAAGUCCCCCCUUACUCUCCCCUUACAAGCACAUUUUUUCUAACCCACAUUUCACAGCUCAUGGAGAUGGGCGAGCUCGACUUCAACCGCAUCCUCAGCCUGCGCUACAACACCGAGAACGCCGUCUUCGACCCCUCCUUCACGCGCUACUACUGGCGCGAGAUGCUCGUCUGCAUCGCCGCCGUCCACUCCCACGAAAUCGUGCACUCGGACCUCAAGCCGGCCAACUUCGUGCUCGUCAAGGGCCUCCUAAAACUCAUCGACUUCGGCAUCGCGAAUGCAAUCCAGACCGACGAGACCGUAAACGUGCACCGAGACACACAGGUCGGCACGCCGAAUUACAUGAGUCCGGAGAGCUUGAUGGAUUCUAGCGAGCUGCCUGAGAAUAAGGCCCCGGGAGCUAUGCGGGGGCAUAGCAGCGGGCCGAGAGUCAUGAAACUGGGCAAGCCGAGCGAUAUCUGGAGUCUGGGGUGUAUACUCUACCAGAUGGCGUAUGGCCGCCAGCCAUUCGCGCAUAUCUCCAACCAGCUGAGCCGAUGCCGUGCUAUCAUUGACUGGGGCUACGCGAUUGAGUUCCCCGCGCGCGGCCUCGGCGGCGUGCCGCUCCCGCGGUCACUGAUUCGUCUCUUGAAGAGGUGUUUGGAGAGGGAUCAGCAUAAACGACCUACGGCUGCGGAGCUGCUGAGCGAGGGGGAUGAGUUUUUGAAUCCGAGGGAGCUGCCGGAGGGGGCGCUGCCGAUGACGGAGGAGCUGUUGGGGAGGAUAUUGUGUAGUGUUGUUGGGAAGUGUAAGGGGAGGGAGGUGGGGGAGGGAGAGGU